AUGCCGACGCUCGAGCAAGUCGUCGCCUUUCUCAUGACGCCGUCGUGGCCCGUCGUCGUCCUCGGGCUGCUCGUCGUCCUCGGCGCGCCCGUCCUACUCCACCUCAUCCUCGCCCGCAGCGUCACCUACAUCGUUCCGCCCGUCGUGCUACUCCUCGGCCCCUCCGGCGGCGGAAAGACGGCCCUCCAAACCGUCUACGAGCGCGGCGGCACCGCGCCCCCGCCCCCGACGCGCACCUCCCAGGCCGCGCAGUCCGUCGAGCUCAACGCCUCCACCGACGCCGCCGCCCGCACCACCCACCGCAACCACGAUGAGUCCGACGGCACCUACACCAAGUUCCUGCUCGUCGACACGCCCGGCCACGGCAAGCUGCGCAACACGGCGCUCGGGAAGCUGCGCCGCGCGGACAAGCUGCGUGCGGUCGUGUUCGUGGUGGACGCCGCGGCGCUGGGCGAGCCGGAGGCGCUGGGGCCGGCGGCGCAGUACCUGUACGAUGUGCUGCUGGUGCUGCAGAAGAGGAAGAGCGCGGCCGCGGCACCGGGCAAGGAGGGGAGCGCAGGAGUGCCGGUGCUGGUGGCGGCGAACAAGAUGGACCUGUUCACGGCGCUACCGGCGGCGAUGGUGCGCGCGGCGCUGGAGACGGAAAUUACGCGCAUCCGCGCGUCGCGCAGCAAGGGGCUGCUCGACUCGGGUGUCGGCGCAGACGACCUCGGCGCCGAGGAGCACGACGGCUGGCUCGGCGAGUACGGCUCGGAAAAGUUUACGUUUGACCAGAUGCAGGAGUUUGACAUUGACGUGGAUGUGCUGCCGGGAACUGUCACGGCCGAAGAGCCGGACGUGGACAAGUGGUGGUGGUGGAUUGCGCAGAGGAUAUGA